AUGUUUUGGAGGUUUGGCGGUUACGCCAAUGUCUCCACCAUCGACACCAUCCUCGAGAGAGACAACUUCCAGCUCGAGGAGCUCCUCGACGAAAGCGACCUGGUGCAAGAACUGAAGCAACACAAUGCAAGGCUCGUCGAGUAUCUUCGGGAUCCGCAGGUACUUGAGAAACUACUCAACUAUGUCGUUGCGCCUAAGCUUGAACCAGUCGCCUCUGCCGACGACGACGAGGAAGAUGACGACGAGAAAGGAAAGUCUGUUUUGCGGGCAUCGACUGCAUCUCAGACCUCCUCAAGAGCGGACGACAAGAGUCAGGAGGACAACGAGAAGAAGCGUAACCGAUACGCUUUUGUUUCAACCGAGAUUUUGUCAUCAGAGACUUGGUCAAUGUACGACGCGCUCAUGGAAAGCAAGGAGCUUCUCCGGAAUUUUUGGCAGUUCUUAAAGCGCCAAACCCCUCUCGACCCUCUUCAAGCGAGCUAUUUCACCAAGGUCAACGAAUCGCUCUUUGACAAAAAGACGGAGGAAAUGCUGGAGCUGCUGAAGUCUAUGGACGGCGCCGUGUCGGACAUUUUGAGACAUGUAGACUGUCCUAUGAUCAUGGAUCUCUUGCUCAAAAUCAUAAGCCUGGAACGUACCGAGAGCGGGCAGGGUAUUGUUGAGUGGCUUUACACACAAAAUGUUAUGACGUCCCUCAUCUCCUUUCUUGGAUCGGACCACAGCUGGGCCACCCAGACAUCCGCGGCCGACUUUAUCAAAGCAAUCAUUACUGUUUCUGCCAACGCGUCGCAAAACGAACAAACAUGUAUCGGGCCAAACGAACUUACACGGCAACUGGUAUCGGAACCCUGUGUCGAGCAGCUAAUUCAGUACAUGCUUGGCGGCGGCAACGCCCUGACGUGUGGCGUUGGCAUCAUCAUCGAAGUUAUCCGGAAGAACAACUCCGAUUACGAUCCGGAAGGGGUGGACAUCAAUGCAGCCCCUUCGAGCCGAGACCCCAUUUAUCUGGGGACGCUCCUGCGCCUCUUUGCUCAGCACGUUCCCGACUUCAUGAACCUCAUCCUUAAUGUGCCGGUCCAGAGGCAGCGCCUCUCCUCCACCUUCAAGGACAAGAUUGAGCCCCUGGGCUUUGACCGCUUCAAAACGUGCGAGCUUAUGGCGGAGCUCCUGCACUGUAGUAAUAUGAUGCUGCUGAACGAAAACGGCGCAGAGGAUUUGAUCGCCGCCCGCGACGAGCAGCGGCAGCGACUUCGGGCAGAAGGCCAUCUGCUGCCCGCAAGCGGCCCUGAGCCUACUUCAGCUGAGGAUCUCUCAAUGCGGGCGUCGCAAGUGUCGGCUCCAGACCUGGGCCGUAAACUCGAGGUUAUGAACGUUUCCGCAGAUGAUGACGGCUUUGAAGAAGUGUCACAUACCGCAGACGAGGAAAACACCCAUGGCGUUCUAGAGCUUCCAGAUGCGCCCACCCACCCCCCUGGGUCCUCUUCCCUCGACAAGGACGAGGAUGAUUUUGUCGACGAACCUCUCAGUUCGCCCCCGACGGCCGCAGCUGAGCUGGUGAGCAGCGCUGCUACAGAACCACCAGCAUUCGAAGAUGCCGACUUGGUCGUUGCUCCUCUCUCGCCUACCAAGAAGACCGUACCGACGGCAGAGGGCGCUGAAGCCACAAAGGAAACACCGAGCGGGACAGCUGCCCCAGACACCGGGGCCCCCCCACCGAAGCCAGAAGAGGCAUCAGUAGAUACGAAGACCGGCGAUACAAGCGAAUCUGAGCAAGCAGCUAUCCCAGCUGAUACUUCAACUUCAGCUGUGUCGCCUGCGGAAAAGCCAAAGCCGGAAAUCUCAACAGCGGAAGUCGAGGCCAAGGCUCCAACACUCAUGUCCCCCCAUCCGGAGGACACCCCUGCCCCGUUGUUCUCGAGGGAGAGCGCCACAGAGCCGUCAAAGAAGCCGUCGCCGCCCGCAGAAGAAGCAGGCGACUCGCCAAUGACCGAUGCUCCAACGUUGACAGCCGCUCCGCCCCAAGAAACUGCAGAGGCAGAGACCCCGACCCAACCGCCAGCGCAAAGCCCCGGCGAUGCGUCCAUCGUUACCUCUGAGGCACCGAAACCAACUGCCGACGCCCCGGCCCAGUCCAAGCCCGUGGUCGGAGACUAUCUCAAGAUGCAAUUCGUCGAGCAUCGUGUUGUCCCGACCAUCCUCGGUUUCUUCUUCCGGUACCCGUGGAACAACUUUCUUCAUAACGUGGUAUAUGACAUCGUCCAACAGGUUUUCAACGGACCUAUGGAUAGGGGUUACAACCCGACCCUCGCUAUCAGCCUCUUCGAGGCCGCCGAUAUCACAAACCAGAUCAUCAAUGGCCAGCUUGCCAGCGAGAAGUCCCAGGCCGAGAACAAGACGCGAAUGGGAUACAUGGGCCACCUCACCCUCAUUGCGGAGGAAGUUGUGAAGUUUACCGAGCGCCACUCUCCCGAGCUUCUGAGCGAGGUCGUGCUGGAGAAGGUGAUGGCCCAAGACUGGGUCAACUAUGUCGAGGGCGCUCUAGCAGAGACCCGCGAGCGCGACAACGCAAUCCUCGGCGGCGUCCGCCCAGAGGUAGCCAUGAGCCGCGCCGGCGCGCAGGGCCUGAUGGGCGCAGGGUUUUCUGGUCUCAAUUCGAUCGGUCUCGGCGCCGGAGCGUCCAACGCUCUCGCGGACGCCGGACUAAAUGGAGGCUCGGACGUUGCUGAGAGCUCUGGCGGCGGCGGGAUCGGUCCGUUUGCUAUCAGCGCGGGGACUCUUAUGAGCGGAUUCGGCAGCUCUAGUGACGAGGACGAAGACGAAGAACAAGACACCGAGGAGGAUGUUAACAACGAGUUCCGAGCCUACACCGACCCUCUAAACGCCAACUCUAACACCUUAAAUCCGCCAUCCAUUCCGCCCCCUCCACCUCCACCCCCACCUCUCAACGUGCCCCCCUCGCGAGCCCGCCUCCAACUUGCCGCACGGCUAGCUAUGAACAAGCGCAACGCCGCCGCCGCCGCCGCUUCCAACGGCGAACAAGAAGGCAGCUCUCCGCCGACAGCGGAAGACGCUCCCAGCUCCGGCGUCUUCAGCCCCCCCACCACAACAUCAAGUGAUACGCGCCUGCGGAACCCCUUUGCCGACUACGACGAUGACGACGAGGAUAACUCUGGCAGCGGCAGUGACGACGGGGAAGUUGAAACUGUCGAAGGCGGCGGCAGGCUAGGGAUGGAGACCAAUUCGUCCUGGGACCGCGGGUCGUGGUGGCGCGGCGUCGUUCCUGGUGCCAGGCGGGGCGGGAGGGCGGGUGGCAGCGAUAACCGAGACGCCGGGAUCGAGCGGUUCGGUGACGGGAGAGACGAUGAUAGCAGCGAUGAUGAGAGCGGACGGCGAUUGGGCGACGUGGAUGAUGUCGACGACGAGGAGUUUGGCGACUUUGCCAUGCCCGAGGUGGAAGACCGCGUCACCGUGUCCGGGAUCGAUCCCGCGCGAGAAAGCAUCCUUGUCAAACCUAUGGCCCUCCACCCCACCACGACAACCCUCAAGAGCAGCACCAUCAGCCCGUUCAGCAGCCUGUGGCCGUUCUCGAGGGAGAAGAGGGAGGGCGACUUGUUGCCUUCGCAGGGGGAGGGGUCGAACACCAGCACGUCGGCGGGGGCCAUGGGGCCCGAGGGGAUCACGGAGGAGCCGGUGGAGCUGACGAGGGAGGAGGAGGCCAUGAUCAGCGAGGACGGGAAGAAGAUUAACCGUGCCGUGGAAGCGACGCGGCGGACGAGCAUCGAGGACCCGGACGACGAUGAGGUGGAUGUUGGCGAGGAGAUCAUUGUGCGCCGCGGUGCCGGGGUCCGCUAG